CGUUUUUAAUGGAAGAAGAAAUUUAAGGAUUGGUUGAAUAGAAACUUAAAUUGAAUAAUGCGAAGGCAUAUAAGAAAAUUAUAUCCCCUAUAUUAAACACAAUAAUGCUGAUUAUUGUUUUCUGUUUAAUUGCCUUUAUGCUAUCAAUGAUGAUUUAAUAAUAAAAAGUUGCCUAACAUGAAAAAUCAUCUUUUCUUUAGAAACAAUAACUCAAAAAACCCUUAAUAGAUACAAAUAUCUAUGAUUUUAUAACUUUAGAGAAUGGUCUUUAAGUUUUGUUGAUCUAAAAUAACGAUGCAAUUAUUUCAUAAGUGGCAUUAAGUGUAAAAGCAGGAUCAUUUUAAGAACCAGCUAAUUAUGGAGGUUUAGCUCAUUUAUUAGAGCAUAUGUUAUUUGUUGGAACUCAUACAUACCCUGAUCCUAAUUAUUUUAAUAAUUUGAUCUAUAACAACGGAGGCACAAACAAUGCAUACACAGAUAAUUAUGAAACAAAUUAUUAUUUUACUAUUUAAAAUAGUGCUUUAUAAUAAGGUUUAGAUGUAUUCAGUCAUUUUUUUAUUGACCCUGUUUUAGAUUAAAAAAUGGUUGAAAAAGAAGUCAACGCAGUCAAUAAUGAAUAUGAAAUAAUCACUAGUACUGAUGAAUGGAAAAUUGAAGCCUUAUUAUAAAUUAUUUCAGAAAAGUCACAUCCAUUUAGUUAGUUUUCUAUUGGAAAUUUGAAUACUUUAUUAAAGGACGAAAGUAAUAUAUUUUAAAUAUACUUUCGAUAGUAUCAGAGUUAUUGAAGCAAUUUUUUAAUUAGGCUUACUCAUCCAAUUUAAUGUCAUUAGUUGUAGAAAGUAGUCUGCCUAUAUCUGAACUUAAAAAUUAUAUAAAGAAUUUUGAAAAGAUUAAAAAUAACAAUUUAGUUGAACCAUCCUGUGAAGAUUUAGGUAAUCCAAUCUAGUAUGGCACUUAAUUGAUCCAAUAUAGAUCUAAAUCUGAUGUCAAGAAAAUUACCAUAACACAUUAAUUGUCUGAUGUUUAAUAAUAAUACAAAACCAAAUCAAUCGAAUUUAUUAAUAAUCUAAUUUAAUAAAAAAAAGGAAUUAAAGAAUACUUAAUACAAAAAAAUCUGAUUAUAGACAUGUCUAGUGGAAUUUUAUUCAAUGAUCAUAAUGGUUGUUUCAGUGUAUUGGCUUUAGAAUUUUAAGUUUACAAUCUAAAUGAUUAUGAUCAAAUUAUUUAGACUGUUUUCUCUUAUUAUUACUAUCUCAUUCAAACCUUAUUUGAUGAUCAAGGAGAUACAUUAGUUGAUAAUGAUAAAUUAAGAUCAUUAUACAAUGAUUAUAAAAAAACAGCAUCUCUAAAAUUUAAUUUUAAUGAGAACAUUAUUGAAGAUAUUUAAGAGAUAGCACAUAAUUUAAAUAUUUAUGGAUUUCAUGAUGUUUUAUCAAGAAAAUAUUUAUAUGAAGAUUAUGAUCCUGAAUUGAUUUACUUUUAUUUAACAGAUAUGUUGGAUAUUGAUAAUUUAAAUGUGUUUUUAGGUGAUUCUCAAUUAAAUCAUCCUGAUGUUUAAUAUGACAAGGUUAAUAGAAUUAAUUAUGUUUAUUUGGAUAUACCAGAUUCAGUAAUUUAAAAAAUUUAAACUUAUGAUGAAGUUGAACAACCAAAAUUUGAAUUACCAUCAAUUCAUAAAUAUUAACCAAAUGAUUUGAAAAUGAAAUCCUUUUGUAAACCAUAUUAAUAGAAUAGCCAAGAGGAUCCUUAUGAGGAUUUACAAAAUGAAAAAAUGCUUAUUUAAAGAAACUCUGAAAUGGUCUUUUCUAAUGUUGAAGUAAUAAUUAUUUUUAAUCAAUUAAGGAAUGCUUACAAUAUGAACAUUAAUAUGAGGAAUUGUAUCCACUUCCUGAAUAUUUAUUUAAGUCAUCAAUAGGAAAAUUAUGGUGGAAAUUAGAUCGAUCCUUUAAAACACCUGCAAUUUUUAUGGGAAUGAAAAUAGAUAAAAUUAAUUUUCAAUUCACUUUAAAAUAAUAGGUGCUUUUAAAGGUAUUUUAAUCAUAUACUACUGCCUUAAUUUAAUAACAUUUAGAAUCAGCCUUUUAAAAUAAUUACAACUUUAAAUUUUAAUCAUCUCCUAAUCACAUUAUUUUUAAUAUUUAUGGAUGGAAUGAUAAAUUCUUCGAAUUUAUUGAUGAUUCAUUAAAAUUCUUUACAAAACAAUAAAUUGAUUAAUAGAUUUAUGAUUAAACACUUAAGUCUUUGAUUAAUUAACUUAAUGAGGAAUUACAAAGUCCAUUAUAUUCAUAAAUUAGAAAUAACUUUUUCUAAUAUGUAAGUAUAACAAUAUCUAUUGUAGACCCUUAUCUAUGGUUAUUAUGAACCAAAAUAAAUCUUGCAAGAAUUAAAAAACAUAAACAUAAAAGAUUAUGAAUAAUUCCAUUCAUAAUUAUUCAAAGGAACAAAUUUCUAACUUUAUUUAACAGGGAAUAUCCUAAGAGAAGAAGCAUUAAAUCUAUAUAAAUCUAUUGAGAAAAAAUUAUUUGGAAAACCAAAACAUUUAGAUUACAAUCCUAUCUAUUCUAAGAUUUUAAAGUUAUCUAAUAAUUACAUAGUUCCUUUCGCAGCAGAAUCAAAUGAAAAUAAUGGAGCAACAUAUAAUUAUUACAUUUUUGGAAAUAGAAAUAGAAAACAAUUUGCAAUAAUGAAUAUAUUGAAAGGCACCUUUGAUAGCUAUGCAUUUAAUUAUUUGAGAACUGAUUUAUAAUUAGGCUAUUUAGUUUCUGCUAAGUUUUCACCAUUAGAAUGUCUUGAUGGAGCAGGAAUAUUAGUCUAAGGAAGUGCUAAGUCUCCUUAUUAAGUCAACCAACAUAUUGAAGAUUUUCUAUAGUACUUCUAUUAAGAAAUUGAAAAGAUGACAGAUUUUGAUAUAGAAGAAUUAAAAAAAGCAGCUGUAAAAUAAAUUUUAUACAUUAGAUCUAAUAAUUGAGGUAAAAAGAAAAAACUUUAUUAGAAAAAGGAUUAAGCUAUUGGGAUCAUAUAUCUAAUAAUGAUUUUAUUUUUGAAGAGAAAGAAAUUACUAUUGAUUAAAUAGAUCUGUUAUAAAAAGAAGAUAUUCUUAGUUUUCUUAAUUUAGCAUUUAAGAAAUCCUCUAAAGUUAGUAUAUAGCUAUAUGGAAAACAUAUGCUUAAAGGUAUGUCAAUUGAUGAAUUUUUGAAACAUCAAACACCAAUUAAAAGUUUUUCUGACCUUGAAGAAAAGAUAUCAGAUAAAGAAAAGAUAAAAGUUGGGGCUAUGUUAUAUUAAUGUUCGUUUAAAUUAGGAUAGGUUUGA